AUGGCUGAGAAAGAAGGAUUUCAGGCUGUGGUGUUCAUUCAGGCAUUUUGGGGCCUUCCAAGAAGGCAUCAUAGGAAGGCUUCGACAUAUUUGGGUCAUUUUAGUCAUAGGUUACCGACUACUGCGUUUAGAGAUUUUGGAUCUGGUGGAGAUGCUUCAGAUAUUGGGUUGCUUCUGAUGUUUGGUCGCCCAACAUAUGGUCACAUUGAAGAUGUGAGGUAUGUCACAUUUGACUCUCGGCGGGUGGAGAGUGUUAAUCAUAUCGUUGGGAUAUCGCAGCGAGUGAAGGGUGAUGCUACUCCACGUUGGUUUGGGGAUUAUAUUGAUGUGGAUGCAGAUGAUGAGUUAGUUGAUUCGAGUGCAGCUGAUAAACAUAGUUCAGAUUUUGAUAUGGCCGUUGGUUCACCUCAGAUGGAGGUGUUUGGAUCGUUUCACUUUGGGGCCAUUGUGAGCGCUAUCAAUUGCAAAUUUGUUGAUGAUGUUGGAGAAAAAUCCACCGCGGAGGAGAGGGAGGAGCCGGGGACGAGGGGCGAGGGCGGGUGUUUGGAUCUGAGGGUGAGGUUGAAGGGGAGAGAUGGGAGGUUUUUGGUGCUUGAGCUGGAUUCUAGGGUUUUGUGUGAGAGUAGCUUGUUCUUCAAGGGGAUGGUGAUGGGAUCGAGGAAGAAGGAUGAGAUUGUGGUGGAGGAUGUGGAGGAUUUGGGGGCGUUUAGGGAGACGAUGGAGAUGAUGUAUGAAAAGGAUUUGAUGCGGUGGUUGGUGAAAGCUGGUGUUUCAAAAUCGAUUGAUGUGCUUGAGGUAUCGUCCAAAAUAUUGUUCGAUAGAGGUGUAGAAUCCUGUUUAAACUAUAUUGAAGCUGUUCCAUGGAGCGAGAGUGAGGAGGAGAAAUUGAAAAGCUUGUUUGCAAGGUGCACAUUUGAUGAAGUAACGACCCAAGAUAUUCUUUCCAGGCUACAGCUUGAAGGUACAAGAAGCUCAGAUGAUCUAGCUGUUCAUCUCAUACAGUCCAUUGCGGAGGGAACUAACGUUAAUGCUCGCAAGGAGUUACAGUCUCUAGUCAAUGGCCUCUUAUCUAAGAGCUCAGUUUACCAGAAAGACCCUGCUGGACUCAACAAGGAGAGCUUGUACAGAAUUUGUCACUCAUGUCUGAACUCUCUUGUGGAGCUAUUCAAUGAAUCCUCAGAUCCCACUCAUGCAGAUAAAAAAGCGAAGCCGCUGGUGGAACGAGUCAUAAAGCAAGUGGACAACCUCAAUUGGUUGUUGGAGAUUCUCAUAGACAAGCAAAUGGCAGAAGAUUUUGUAUACUUGUGGGCAAAUCAAAAGGAACUGAUUAGAAUGCAUCCACGGGCAUCACCUAUGGUACGCUAUGAGCUCAGCAGGAUCUCAGCACACAUAUUCAUAGCCCUGGGAAGAGGGAAAUUACGAUGCCCGGGUAACGUGAGAUUUUCUGUUCUAGAUUCAUGGUUUGGACCGAUGCUAUUAGAUUUUGGUUGGUUACAGAGAUGUUCGAAGGGAUUGGACAUCGGAAUGCUAGAAGAAGGCCUAGGGCAAGCUCUCCUUACUCUUCCGCUGAAUCAGCAACAAAGUUUAUUCGUAGAAUGGUUUCGUGUAUUUGGAGGUAAGGGGAUGGAGUGCCCUAAUCUGAGCAAAGCUUUUCAAAUUUGGUGGCGGAGGUCGUUUGUGAGAACAGCGGAGGGAAGAAGCUAACUUUCGGUUGUUUUGACUAGUAUCUGGUUGUUGUUGUAUGAUGUAGCGAUAUGUAAUAUAAUGUUGUUAGGUUAGUCCUUUGUGUGCUGGGAAGGGGAUGAAUAAUGUGAUAGAACAUCUACUUCCCACUUUGUGUUAACACAAACCACUGUUUUCGGCCUGCGUGAGAUUCGUUGUUGUGCUUUCUUGUAUCGAGGCUUGUUUUAGAGAGUAACUGAAAUUCCCUCUAUGUUAUACAGGGUUUAUUUAUUGGAGAUAUUAUUCUUGUUUGCCCUUU